AUGAAUUUUGAAUGCUCCUACGAACGAGAAGGGCAGUGUUCAAUCUGCUCAGAAGUUAAUAUUAGAUUGGUCAAUCUAUCAAAGAAAUGUGCGCAUUUAUCAAACUGCUGCGUUGCAUGUUUGACACAAAGUUUUGCCACUGAUAUCGAAUCGAAAGGAUCUUAUACCUUUCGAUGUCCAAUGCCGACAUGCACCGUCAAAUUCGAACCUGAAGAAUAUUAUUGUUUACUAGAUGCACGACUCAUGGGCAUAGUCGAUAAUUUGUUGCUACAUCGACUACUGGAAACUAAUGAAGAAUUCAGAUGGUGUAAAUCAACCAAGGGAUGCGGAGCUGGGCAACUCGUCUGCAAUUACAAAGAUUUGCUUGGGUAUUAUACAUGCCACGCUUGUGGGCAAAUGUUAUGCUUUUGUCAUUCAAUUGAAUGGCAUAAAGGUUUUACUUGUGAUGAGUUCGAGGCCGAGCGAGCUCGAAAUGAUGAUUUGGCCUCUGACGUUACUGUACUAGCGUUUACUAAAAAGUGUCCGAACGAAGCAUGUGGUACUCCAAUUAUGAAACAUGAGGGAUGUGACGUCAUGACUUGUUGUCGUUUUGGAUCUCAUACUUGUGCAGAAUCGAAAGACGCGUGUGAUCAUGGAGGACGAAACUAUUGUGGACAACGAUUUUGUUGGAGUUGUCUUGGUAAGAUUGACCUCGAUAAGAAGACAAAUGGCUUUAUAAGACAUUGUAAAUCAAGUUGCAAGUAUUAUUCAUUGAACUAA